CUGCACGAUGACCCGUCGCUCGUCUACGACCUCUUUAGCUUUGAUUCGGAAGAGCUCGAGUCGCUCCUGGAAGUCUACUUGGAGGAUAUCUACGACACGCAAACGCGCGUGGCUCUCAUGCUGGAAAACAUGCUCAACACGAAAAACAUCGCGAUGCUCAAGCUCGACGCCAAGCGCAACUACCUCAUGACACUCAACCUGACGCUGACGCUCUGGACGACGCUCAUCACCGUGCCGACGUUUGUUGUUGGCGCGUUUGGCAUGAACCUCAACUCGUAUCUCCAAGAGGUCGACUACCUCUUCUACAUUGUGUCGGGCCUCGCGAUCGGCUUUCCGAUUGGCGCCUACCGCUACAUUUUGCGCUACUUUCGCCAGCGCGGUAUUUCGCUCACGUGGAAAAAUUAA